GAACAUUCCGCUGUUGAUGUGUGCUCGGCGCUGUCAAACGCAGGACAGGGAGGGAGGGUCAACAUGGCGUCCGAGCAGGAGAGCUCAAAUGGUCCGGUGAAGAAGUCAAUGCGAGAGAAGGCCAUUGAGAGAAGGGCUGUUAGUAAGGAACACAACAGCAACUUCAAGGCUGGAUACGUGCCCAUAGAGGAGGAGAGACUGCACAAGACGGGGCUGAGGGGACGGAAAGGCAACAUUGCCGUGUGCGUCAUUGUCCUGCUCUUCCUGCUUGCACUCAUCAACCUCAUCAUAACCCUGGUGAUCUGGACAGUUAUUCGGAUCGGACCGAAUGGCUGCGACAGCAUGGAAUUCCAUGAGAGCGGCCUACUGCGCUUUAAGCAGAAAGCUGACAUGGGGGUGGUCCACCCACUGCACAAGAGCACUGUGGGAGGGAGGAAGGACCAGGAUCUUGUCAUCACCGGCAACAACAACCCAGUGGUGUUUCAACAAGGCAACACCAAGCUAAGUGUUGAAAAAGACAAGACGUCUAUCACCAGUGACCUGGGUGUUUCUUUCACUGACCCACGCACACAAACCACCUUCUUCAGCACAGACUUUGAUAACCACGAGUUCCACUUACCCAAACAGGUCAAAGUGCUCAAUGUGAAGAAAGCCUCCACUGAACGGAUCACUAGCAACGCAUCGUCCGAUCUGAUGAUCAAAGGUGACGGCAAGGCCAUCAUUCGUGGAAACGAGGGCGUCUUCAUCAUGGGCAAGACGGUCGAGUUCAGGAUGGGCGGCGAUAUAGAGCUGAAAGCUGACAACAGCAUCAUUCUGAACGGCUCGGUGAUGUUCAGUCCAUCGCGCAUCCCUAACACGUCUCAGGGGAGUGAGCUGUACUUCAACGAAGGCCUGGAGAGGUACAAGCUCUGUAUGUGUGCAGAUGGGACCCUGUUCAGAGUGCAGGUCAAAUAUCCUAACAUGGGCUGCCAGACCACGGACAACCCCUGUGGAGCGGCGCACUGAGAGGAGGGGAAUUCCACAAGACACACGCACACACGCACACACACAUGCUGAAACACACCUGGAUAUGCUUUUAAGUACUGAUAACAGCUCUACAUGAUAAAGUUCAUGGAAUUUUUUAUAUAGAGAUAGCCAUAAUUACAUAAAAUCUAAUUACAUCUGAUUUUGCUGUGUUUAAGUCCAGAUUAUACACACAUUCAUUUUAUAAUUACUCAUAACGUUAAACCCCACCCUGCACAAACACUCACCUUUUUCUUACGUAAGAACUUGGCCAAAGAGCUGCCGGUGAUUUAUCAUUGAUUCACCUUGGCAUUUUUAUUGUUUUUAAAGCCGAUUGCUCUUUAGCUGUCCGUACAUGCAGUAUGGAGGUUUGAUGAAAAUUUCUGGUGGAUGUUUUUUCUUAAAGGCAGUAUUAUCUUUUUUUUGUUUUGUUUUUUGUUUUGUUUUUGAAUGUAACACGUUAUUUCUCUGGAACACGGUGCAUCUGCAAACUGAUAAAAGCUCUUAGGGAAACUCCAGACAGCAGCCUUGUGGGUCAUGACGCACUACACAGGGUGUCUGAGAUAUUUCUAUAUAGUUCUAUGUCGGCAGCCGAAUUUCUCAUGAUUCUCGGUUGUCCAGGAUUCACUUUAAAACAGACCUCAGUUCACCUCCUCAAGAAACCGAAAUGUAUUAGCAAUAUAGAGAUUGUGUUAAAAGGGAUGAUCUGUUCACCAUGUGGCUUAACCCUGUACUCAUAAGUCACUUAAUCUGCUUAACUGCUGUUGCCUCCAGUCAUAAGGUUGAUGUAUAGUAGAAUGGCAUUAAGAUUUAAUGUGCAUCUGAGAUGUCAUGCCUGGUCAGGUUUACUGUAUUCACAGUGCCAUAGAAUUUUAAAAACAUUGUGUGCUGCAAAAAAAUAAAUAAAUAAAUAAA